AGAGAGUCAUUCCAAUUAGAGGUAUAGUCCUACUGGAGUAGUAUGGACUGGCUAGAUGCGCGAGUCACUCUGGCUUAAGUGGGAGUUUGUCGGCUUAGCUGAAGACGAGCAACAGGAGAAAAUUGCACGCGAUGGUUUGCCGUAUGAAAACUGGAUAUUGCACGGGGCUUCUUUGUGGUUACUGUGGCUUUUCCAGCGGUAUGAGCAUAUUCCUGUUCUCUUUCUAUGUUUGGGAGUCCUGAUACAUUUUAUCAGAUUUUCUACGCCCCUAACGACGUCAACAGUUCAGCAGCCAACAUCGUUGCUGAUGAUUAGUACUGCAUUCCGUUCAUCGAAGGGAUAAUUUCGUUGAGUGCAUUGCAGAAAUCUAGAGUAAUGACUGGACUGGCCUACCGUCCUACACGGUGAAAUCAUGGCGGACCAAGACUAACAGAAUGUGAUAACAGAAUUCGAGCGAACAACACCAGCGG